AUGGUGGUCUUGUUGCUGUCAAAGUUGUUGGUACUCAACAUCCUCCUAGAUGAAGAUUUUUGUCCCAAAAUCUCUCAUUUUGGCCUUGCUAAACUUUGCCAUAGAAAAGAUGGUGUGGUAUCGAUGUGGGAUGCUAGACGGACGAUGGGGUACGUGGCUUCAGAAGUGUUCAACAGAAAUUUUGGAGAAGUCUCCAGCAAAUCAGAUGUCUAUAGCUACGGAAUGAUGAUUCUGGAGAUGGUUGGGGGAAGAAAAAACAUCAAUGUUGCGGCCAGUCACACCAGCAAGAUAUACUUUCCACAUUGGGUUUAUAAGCGUCUUGGGCUGACUGAAGAUCUAGGAUUGCAGGGAAUUGUGAGCAAAGAAGAAAAUGAAAUUGGGAGAAAGAUGAUACUAGUGGGUUUGUGGUGCAUACAGACAGACCCAUCACAUAGACCAUCCAUGAGUAAGAUAAUUGACAUGUUGGAAGGAAGCAUGGAAGCCCUGCAAAUCCCUCUCAAGCCUUUCCUAUCUUCCCGUUCAAGAUCACCAACAGAUUCUUCCAUUUCUGCCCUGAUGGAUAUAUAA